GUAGUAGGUAGGACCAUAAUAGAUUGUAAACAUAAAUACAUAUACACAAUGCUUCGUGUUUUGGCAGAGCAUGCACUGAAGAAAAUCAAAAUUUGAAAAUGGUGAAAAAUGUAUGCCACCAUUUACAUUUGUUGCUGCUGCUUGUUUUUGUUGGGAUUUCACAGUAUUGGGUGAGGCAGGUGCAUGCAGACUCUCACUCACCGCCCAUCAAGUUCCUUCCUGGUUUCCCAGGACCCCUUCCUUUUCAUCUGCAAACUGGGUAUGUGGGGGUGGAUGAAAAUGAAGAUGUGCAAUUGUUCUAUUAUUUUGUCAAGUCGGAGAGAAAUCCAACAGAGGACCCUCUUAUUAUUUGGCUUUCAGGAGGCCCUGGCUGUUCUUCCUUCUUUGCCCUUUCUUAUGAAAUUGGUCCGUUAUAUUUUAAGAAAGUAGACUACAACGGAACCUUGCCAACCCUAGUUCGAAAUCUCAAUUCAUGGACUAAGAUAGCAAAUAUAAUAUUUCUGGAUUCUCCGGUCGGUACUGGUUUUUCAUAUGGCAGGACAUCCUCUGCUUCUCACUCUACUGACACCAAAGCAUGUGCUCUAGCCCUCCAGUUCUUGAGGAAGUGGUUCAUUGGUCAUCCUGAAUUCCGUUCAAAUCCAUUCUAUGUUGGUGGAGACUCUUACUCUGGAAUUAUUGUUCCGAUUCUCACUCAAAUGAUCUCAAACGGAAACGAAGCAGGCCUUGAACAAUUUGUCAAUCUCAAGGGUUACUUGCUUGGAAAUCCUAAAACAUUCCCCGCUGACCAAGACUUUGUUAUCCCUUUUGCUCAUGGUAUGGGUAUUAUUUCGGAUGAACUAUAUGAGUCAUUGAAGCAGAGUUGUAGAUCUGGCUAUGAGAAGCAAGAUACUGACAGUUUAGAGUGUUCACGUUGUUUAGAUGCUUUUGAUCAGUUGCGCAGUGGACUUUUCUAUGAACAAGUUCUGGAGAAUAUAUGUGAUGAAUAUCCACCCGAGCUGCGAAGGUCACUGUCUGAUAAAAAAGGAGUUUUUAUGCAUGGAUCUGCAGAGAGAACUAAUAUUAAGUCAUCCUCUUCUGUACUUAAAUGUCGUUUUGCUGGGUACCGGCUUUGUAGAUACUGGUUUAACAACGAUAAUGUCCGGAAAGCACUGCGUGUCAGAAAGGGGACUACAGGGGAAUGGGAAAGAUGCAGAGAUGCUUUGCCUUACGAAUAUGAUGUUUCGGAUAGUAGAGUGUAUCAUGCAAAUCUAAGCAGGAAGGGCUAUAAAUCUCUAAUAUACAGUGGUGACCAUGACAUGAUCGUUCCAUUUCAAUCAACUCAGUCUUGGAUUAGAGAUCUGAACUACUCCAUUGUAGAUGAAUGGCGACCAUGGAUUGUCCAAGGCCAAUAUGCUGGUUACACUAGGGCUUACUCCAACAAAAUGACGUUCGCUACUGUUAAGGGCGCAGGCCAUACAGCUCCGGAAUACAAGCCAGCAGAAUGUUAUGCUAUGUUUGAAAGAUGGAUAUCCGACAAACCUCUGUAACAAACUGUCACUGUUGUUGAUGCAGCAGCAAUUCGCCAGCAAAGGAAAUUUUAAUUUAGGCUCGGGUCCAAAUCAAGAGUUUCUGUCUAGGUCAAGCCGAGCAAAUAUAUAAAGUGGAAAAAUAAUUCAAAUACGUGCAGUUUAUAUUUUACAAUCUUAA